AUGAUUGGAAGAACGAGUCUUUUCGCAAGGAAUGCCUUCACCAAAUUGGUUAGGAAUUCUCAUGCCCAUGGCGGUGUACCCGGAGAGAACUUGCCUUUCGGCAUUGAAAAUCGCUUCAAGUUGACCGCCUAUUUUAUUUUGUUCUUUGGUUCUGGCUUUGGGGCUCCCUUCCUUGUCCUCAGACAUCAAUUGACCAAGUGA